AUGCGUCCCGAGGAGGCGUUCGCUGAAGGUGUGAAAGAGCGGCGGGACAAGGACGUUCGGGGAGAAAUAGGGGGAAGCCUUAAGGCAAAAACUUGUGCUGCUUCUCCGAGACCGUGGCUGCCGGGUAUUGGCUGCGGCUUGGGCUUCGUAUUCGUUACGUUGCGUGAUUUCGCGGGUUCGGAGCGCGUUGAAGAGGCAGGGUCCACGAGUUUCAUGCCCCUCGUCGACAUCAACUGCAGCCCGCACCUGAGGUUCUUCCUGUGCUCGCUCUACUCGCCCAUGUGCACUUCCGUCGUCCACACCGCCAUCCCUCCUGCAGGGCGCUGUGUCUCGAGGUGGGUGCUGGUCAAGUCGAAGUGCCUGCCGGUGCUGCGGACCUUCAACUUCUCGUGGCCGGCCGCCCUCGACUGCGCCCGCCUGCCCACGCCCGAGAGCAACGGCCUGUGUAUGGAGAUGCCCAACUUCUCCACCGAGGCCACGCCCCCGCCCUCAUCGCGCCGCCCCAAGGUCCCCUCCGGCCCGCCCAUCAAGAGGCCGGCCCCGUGCCCCCCUCGCCAGACGUGGGUGGCCACGCGUCACGGGGGGAGCUGCACCCCCAAGUGCGGCCACGACGUCCUCUUCCGCCGCGAGGACAAGCACUUCGCCGAGGUGUGGCUCCUGGUGUGGGCCGGAAUCUGCUUCGUGUCGACCCUGUUCACGAUGCUCACUUUCUGGCUCGACCCCGCAAGGUUCCGAUACCCAGAGAGACCGAUCAUCUGCCUGUCGCUCUGUUAUCUGCUCUAUUGUCUCGCUUAUCUUGCCAGGCUCGUGGUCCCGGCGGAGGUCUUGUCCUGCCAGAUGUCGCCUUCAGGAGUCUCGCAUCUCAUCGUCGAGGGCCUCCAGUCGUCAGGGUGCAUCGUCACCUUCAUUCUACAGUACUACUUCGGGAUGGCCUCCGGGAUUUGGUGGGCGGUGCUGACCCUCACGUGGUUCCUGUCGGCGGGGAAGAAGUGGUCGUCGGAGGCCCUGCAGGCGUAUUCCUCGUACUUCCAUGCCGCUGCUUGGGGCCUCCCCGCCGUGGCCACGAUCGUCAUCCUCACGCUCAAGCAGGUUGACGGCGAUGAGCUUGUAGGCCUAUGCUACGUUGGGAACGUCAACAAGUGGGCCCACAUGAGCUUCGUGGUGGCACCCCUGCUCUCGCUCCUGGCACUUGGCACCUUCUUUAACGUACUGGGCUUCGUGGCUCUGUUCAGGGUGCGCAGGGCAUUCAAGCAGGAGGCGGACAACCCCUCGGUGGCCCAGUCGCCAUCCAGCCAAAGGUUGGUUGGGAACGAAUCCUCUGCCCUUUCCUCAUCAUCAAUACAACCCGUUUCCCUUUCAGGUCGUUCCCUGGCCGUGUCAAGCACCUCCACCACCAACCCCUCCUUCAUGCACGACAGCCCCAGCACGCCCACCAAGGCUGUCACCACCUCCACAAACAUCAACAAACUCGAAAAGCUAAUGGUGCGCAUCGGGGUCUUCUCCGUGCUGUACACUGUGCCGGCUGUGUGUGUGAUCGCCUGCAAUGUGUACGAGUACCUGAGCCGAGAUCAGUGGAGGAAGAUGGCUUCGGUGGCCGCGCUGAAGUGCAGUGGCGGCAGCGGAGGGACGGCCAUGCUGCACAGAGGAAGUCUGUCCUAUCGUCAGUAUCACAAUCCGAUCAAUACUGCUGCUUCAGAGUGCACGUUGGAGCAGAGCAUUCCGUCUGUUGAGAUUUUUAUGCUAAAGAUCUUCAUGUCACUGGUCGUCGGCAUCACGUCUGGCAUGUGGAUUUGGUCCUCAAAGACGGUGUUGCUGUGGCAGAAGUUCUUCCGGGGGCUGUGCGGGCAGAGGCAGGACCUGCGCAAGAAGGACGGCCACGUCUACCACCCGCCCAACCACACGCCCGCCAUCGUCAAGACCACGAACGGGCGGCCGCAGUUGGAGCAGCUGCACCACCUGCUGCCCCCCCAGUCCCAGCCCCAAGGGUCGUCCUCUUCGGCGCGAAACCCCCACCACCUGCACCCCCUCCACCUGGGCGGCCGGGCGCAGGGCUCCUCCACAAUGCACCUGUCGCAGGUGUGAGGGCGUCGGGGAACGGGACGGGAGGGGGGUGCGGGGGAUGGGCCUUGGUGUUGUAAUUAAUUGUAAAGUUUGCUUGGAGAGUUCAGUCAGUAUUUUGUGUCAUUGUUUUUCACUCUCUCUCUCUCUCUCUCUCUCUCUCUCUCUCUCUCUCUCUCUCUCUCUCUCUC